AUUACUAUCAACAGUGCUGCCAAGUUAAAAAAUCUCACGGAAUAAAUCAGCAGAUUUUGACAUAUUGAACAUGUUUCAACUUUUUUCAUAUUUGUUGUUGAUUUUGGUUAAAUAAUUGAAAAUGAUCAAGGCAUCAAAUAUUUUGGUUAAUAUUUCUCAAAAUGUGAGAACUACACGCCAAUUUUCUUGCACGGCGAUACGGGCACUUGAUCAAAAGUGGCGUGAACAAAAAGGACUGCAGGGAAAUCCAAAUGCCUUUGGACCGUUAACUAAUUUACCUGAUUAUAGUUUCUUGGAUGGCCGUCCAACUCCCCUCGGUUCUAACCAAAAACGGCGCUUGAAGAAACAGCAAGAGAUCGCCGCUAAAAUUGUGACACUAAGUGGUGAAUUAGAUUUCGCCAAGAAACGAUAUGCUCGCAUACAAGCUGAAGAGGCGGCAGCGAAAGAAAAUGUUAUAAAGAACAAGUUAAAACCCAAGGGGCAUUUGCUUCUAAAGAAAGAAUAAAAAUUGUGUCGUUUUGUUUUCCGCAUAAUUACUAGUUCGACAUAAUUAAAAGUCUUAAGCGCGGUAAGAAAUAAAAUUAUAACAGGAU